ACUGCUGUGCCUCCGCAGGGAUUGCAGGUGUCCAAGUGCUCCGAGGAGAUCAAGAACUACAUCGAGGAGCGGUCGGGCGAGGACCCGCUGGUGAAGGGGGUUCCCGAGGAAAAGAACCCCUUCAAGGAGAAGGGAGGCUGUGUCAUCGCUUAGGAAAACGAACCCAGCGCCUGCCACCGGAGCAGACGCUCUUGUUGUACCUGUAGGGAGUCACUAGCGUGUCCCCACCGCCGCCGGUCCUUGUUGAACGAGCACAGGAGCGGAUUUCUUUUUUUUUUUUCUUUUUUCUCCUUACAAAAAUAAAGAAACCAAACCGAAAGCAGCCGAGACCCGCGUCGGUCGCUCGGCAGGGACGGCUGUCUCCCGCUCCCCGGCGUGGCCGUCCCUCCUCCCGCGGCUGGGACGGCUCCUUUCGCUUCGCGGCGCCCGCUUUCGCCACCCGUUUAUCGGUUGCUUCAUGGCUGUUCGUUGGCAUUAAAGAAAACUUGCCUGUAACCCGA